AUGUCCGAGCUCGUGACUCGAGAUGUCCUUAGAUCUCAAUUGCUGGUGAAAGGUAGCCGAGGAAUAAUCGCAAAUAUAGACGAUCUUUCCAACGAGGAUUCCAUCCUGCAAUUGGCACAGUUUGAUACUGAAUUCGAGGCUUUGGGUGAGAAAAGCGCCCAUGGUCUCAAAAAUGUCGAGGUGGAUGCCCAAUUGUAUAAUUUCAAGCUGCUGCUUCUUGCCGAGCAAGAAGACGUGAGCAUACUCAAGGACCAAAGUUUCCAAGAUCCCUCGGAGUUUGAAUACUACGUGUAUUUACGUUCCUUGAAGUUGUUGCUGGAUAGAGGAGUAUCCGAGUUGGUUCCCGAAUACUUGAAAGCAUGGUCUGUUUUUUCAGGCUUUCCGAGAAGAACAAAUUUGUUGGGAACAGCGAUGUUUGAGGACGUGCUGACAGGCCUGGCCACAUACUUUGUCAGCAUAGGAGUUAAGUCAACUGCGCAGGUGGAGUCAAGCUUCGAUUCCUAUGUGACUCUAACCACUCCCUUCACAAGGCUGCUCCGACUCAGGUUUGUUUCUCGUUUUGCUAAACUUCAAGGCAACCAACCUGGGUUGACACAGCAUCUUCUGGAACUCGAAAAGAACUAUGCUCAAGGUGCUUCCUUCCCCAAGGCCUCAGAGACAAACUUUGAGUACGAUGAAUACAUGAAAGCGAUCCUAGACAUCACAAUAUUAGACGGCAAUUUAUCUGCUGCUUCCUUGGGCUCACAGGUGGAUGCAGCGUUGUCAAAGACCUUCCAGAGUGCAGUUGUCAUGAGGGCGUGGCUUUCGUCUUGCGCUCUGGACUUGUCCAAGACAGCUCAGGAGGUCCAUGCAGCUUUCAAUGUAUACUUGAACUAUUCUUUGAAAGAAAAGGGGCUGGGUGGGGGCGUUUUUUCGGAUAUCAUUGAUGUGUUGGAUUGUUUCGAGUUCGUACUCAACUAUUUUGUCUCUCGAGCUCCCGAGAUUGAUCUCAUACCAAGCAUCGCGGACUGGAAUUUGAAGAUGAAGGACAUUAUUAACGAGUUCAAGAUAUCGUACGAUAUUGACAGUACCAAACCGCUGUCAGAGGUCCUGGCACAGCGUCUCAGUUCCUACUACUAUACCCUUGGUGCGGUUGAGAGGUUUCUGGCAGUGAAUGGUUCUCCCACUUUGAAGCUUCUUGAAACGCACCUCGCAAAUUCAUACGCAUACCUGACCGAAUCCAUAGAGAUAGCCCAUUCCCACGGGAUCAAGGCAAGCUUCGAUGCCUACUUUCAGCACGCUAUUGUCAGUGGAAAAUUGAAUAAGACCUCUAUUGCUUGCAAGUCCGCAAAACAGUGCAUCGGUGUUGAUCCUACGAGUUUCAAGGCCUUGAACCUUUUGGUUCUGUUACUGACCUCGAAGGAUCCGAGAGACCUACAGGCCCUAACAGUAGCCGAAGCGGCCAAUCAGAUGAUCGAGAAUUACUUGGAGGAGUCUGGCUCUUUGACCCCAGUAGAGAAGUGGGAAUUGAUCGAAUUCAGAAAGACGUAUGUCGCAGCGAAGGAAAUACACGAGGGCAUUUUUGCUGCAUUGGAUCAUGUUCCUGAGGUGUUCACUCUGUUCCACACUCUGUUCAACCCAUCAGAGAUCUCCAAUGGUGAAGUGAAAUCGUACGUACCACAACUGCAUGCGGGUGGUCUUAGUUCGCAAAAGGACGUUCAAUGGUCUCAUCGUCCAAGUAUAGUCAAUCCAUCUGCAGAAACCGAAGCAGUUCAGAAUGGAAGCAAACAUGAACGAAAGAAGAGUCUCCUAUCUGCUGUGAGAAGCACAGGCUCUUUAGCUGAGAAGAAACUCUCCUUCGAUUCCAGAAAGUCAAAGCACGAGCUGAAGAAUAAACCCUCCAGUGAUCUGGCCUCGUUGUAUUCCGACACUUCGGUGAAGGAGCCACUCCAGGAUAUUUGGCUAUGGGCGUCCCGACUUUACGAGAAGGCAGGGAUGCUGGAAGAGUCCGAGAAGUGUAUCAAAGAGGCCGAAAGCUGCCACAAGCCUAAUUUCAAGACCCAUGCGAGAUUUGGACUGUUAGUGUACAAAGCUAAUCCCAAACUGGCGUUUCAGGAGUUUGAAAUCUCACUUGACGAAGUCGAGGAAGAGAACGUGGAAUCCAUCCUAGGUCUCACCUUGCUAUCUUUUUCAGAAGAAGCCCAAAAGGCGGGUGUUUUCAUCUCGGAGAAGGACAAAUGGUCAGCCCAAGCAAGAGUGUUGAACUAUCUGGAAAAUCUGGCCAAACAGUACAAAUACUCGCAAUCGUCGGAGGUGUACUAUUUGCUAUCUCAACUAUACAAGCUCUACGGAGACACUCCCAAAUUCGAACACUCGCUGCUGAAGACAAUUGAGUUGGAAGAGUGUAAGCCUCUGAGGCCCUGGUCGGUUGUUGAAAAGCCAUCGUUUUUUGCAUAG